CAUCUGUCUGACAGUAGUGUCACUUGUCAGUGUCAGAGUGUCACUGAAAAGUAGCGAAAAGUCGAAAAUAUAUUUUAUUGUAACUACUGAUUUGAGGUAGGCAGUGCAGUCAUCAAAAUGCCGAAGAAAUUUACUGGCGAAAAUAGUAAAGCUGUUGCUGCCCGGCAACGUAAAGAAGAUGCUAAGCAGGAGAAAGAACAAAAAAUUAAAAAGGUUAUAGAGGACGCUCAGUGGGAAGAUAAUGAUGAUAAACUCAAGAAAAAGCAACAAAAAAAGGAAGAUCAGGAAAAGAAACGCCUUGAACAACUACAAAAAAAGGCAGAGGCAAAAGCUUUGCUGGAAAAGGAGAUGGAAUCAAUCAAAAGUGUGAAAGCCGCACCACCACCGCCAAAGAUCACACGAGCACAGAUAUCUUUCGCCAAAGAGAAAGUUGUGAGGCCAGAGCCUGUAAAACCUGUGCCAUCAAGGGUAGUGGUCGAGGAGCCACCGCUGGAAGAGAAUCUCAAUAGGCUGCAGAUUGAGGGAGAAGUUGCUCAAUCGGUUGAGGAAGCUAUAUCAAUACUCGGUGAUCAAGCUGACAUUGACAAGCAUCCUGAAAAACGACUGAAGGCAGCAUACACAGCAUUUGAAACUUCCAACUUGCCUAGACUAAAGCAAGAAAACCCUACUCUUCGUCUGUCCCAGCUGAAGCAGAUGCUCAGGAAAGAAUGGUUGAAGUCGCCACAGAAUCCACUCAAUCAGAAGGUUUAAUUUCUGGUUUUUAUACACAAUUUUUCUAGUACUACCUACAGAAAAUUUAUGGUUUAACACAUUAUGUAGCAGGUAUGUAAAUAAUCACAGUCAGAAUUAAAAGUAUGUAAUGCAAUAAAAUUAUUUCAAGUAGUGAUGUUAAAGAAUCAAUUCACUCUUAUUAGAUUGAAGAUUUUAGCAGUUACUAUAUUGGUCACUUCUUAUUAUUUAUGAUGUUUUUUUUUAAAUUAUAAUAAAAUAGCUCUUCUUUUUUUUUCUAAAUUUUUAUUUUACUUGUAAAUAUGCAGUCUUACCCAGUAGGACAUAAAUGUUAUCAACAAAAAAAAGUCAAAUAAAAUUAAUGUUGGUUUUAAA